AUGGAGGGAGGCGAUGGCUGCGGGGAGCACCUGUUCUCGUUGGAGCUGCUGGUGGAGUCAGCGCGCGUGCAACCGCGGCUGCUGCCGACGCUACUACCCGACAGUGGCCCCUUCCUGUCGGCCGUGGCUCUCCGGCUGCUGGACUUCCCGACCCUCCUUGUCCACGCCCCGCAGGCCGCGUCCUGGCCGGUGGUGCCCUUCGGGCGGGGCAAGUCGUGCCUCUUCAGGCUGCGGCCGGACGCUCUGAAGGGCCUCUUGCGGCGCUCUCCGCUCCACGCGCUGCUGCUGGCGCUGCCGCCCCACACGGGCCCCGCCCGCCUGCUCGGCUCAUCCAGCAUCUCUCUGGCGGCCGCCGCCGAGGAAUUGUUGCCUGGCUCCGGGCCGGCAGCUGGAAGGGGCCACUUCCCGGUGCGCGACCUGAUGGGAGAACCAGUGGGGGAGCUGGAACUGAGUUAUCGCCUCAGCAGCCUGGGCUCCUCGGGCCUGGAUCACUUCGAGCAAGGGGCGGCGGCGGCGGUGGACGAAGCCCUGGCUGGAGACCAGCAGCUCCCCUGUCCGCAAGGGAGAGUUGCGGAACGGAGGCUCAGUCUGGAAUUCAUCUCGGAAGGAGAGGAGGACCCUGCCCCAGGCGGUGGCAGCCAAGGGUCCUUAAGCAGCCCUGAUACAGAGCCGGAGCCCUUUUCCGGUAGCUCAAGCGGGGAGGACAUCGCAGGAAAGCUGGACGACAAUGCCUUUUGUCCCCCACCAAUGUAUUACAGUCACCAAAUGGAAAAUUGCUUCCCCAGCCCUAAAGCUGCAACAAGAGUGAUAAUCAUGGCCGCUCAAGAUUCACUUCCCAAAGAAGGAACUCCUUUACCUUUUGUGAAGGGGGAGUCUGUCGUUAGUGCUGAGAAGGCUCUGCCACCCUUACUCGCCAACACACCGGGUACUUCUGAACAACUCAGGCAGACUUUAAGUCAGUUGCCUCUACUGAAUGCUUUGCUGGUAGAACUCUCCUUGCUGAAUAGCCAGCCCCUACCACCAGGACCCUCUACUGUGCAUCCUCAGUUGGCAUGGCUAUAUCAAAAUGCAGAAGAAGGUACAAAAACAUUACCCUGUAAUGGUAAGAAUCUGUGUGCCUGCUGGGAUGAUAAGAAAAACACCCCACAUCACAAAGAAAGAGGAAGAUCACCUAGUCCUAAAUUAAAAAGAAAUCGCCCAGAUCAUUUAAAAGGCAUGUCUCCUAACUGUCCUGGCAAAACUUUUACAAAACCAAUAUACACUGAAAGACCUGUGAGCCCUGAAAAGGUUAAUACCAAAGAAAAUUCUCCCACUAGAAGGAAAUUCUCUUAUGGGCUGACAAAUACAUUAAAGCUUCGUGUUCAGAGAUCAAGUCCAGGUAUGUUGAAGGUUCAUGAAAAGAGAGAACAUCGUAGAAAAAAACUUGGUGACAUAUCGUUUGAAAAAAAAGGUAAAAGCUCUUUGACUAAAGAAAAAAUAUUCAGGGGCUCCCUUGACUAUCAUCCAAAGUCUUCUGGGCAAUAUGAUGAAAAAAGCAUCUCUGAUCAAAAUGCUCAAAUUAAUGAAAAUGUUGAGACUUUAAUACAAAGCAGUAUUGGCCGAAAUAGCCAUAUGACCACAAAGAAAAUAAGCUCUCGUAUUACAAAAAAAAUUGGAGCCAGUUGUGUGAAGAAUAAAGACAACGCCAAAGGGAAGUACUCCUCUGAAAGUGUUGGUUCUAAUUGCAAAGAAAAGAGCUUGGAAGUCCAUCUGCCAAGAGUCUUUUUACAGGAUACUGAAGCCCUUGAAAACCCAGUAGAUGCUCAGAUAGAAAAAUGUUUGCAAUGUGAUCGUAAUAUUCCAUAUAUAUAUAAAGAUAGGCACACCAACAACUUGGAAAAGAAUUGUGCACGUAAGAAUUCAGAUAGUGUAGUAGUUACUUCUGAAAAUACAGCCUAUUCGGAAGAUUUCACCAGUAUAGACAGUUGUGGCACAAGCUUGGAAGCUCCAGAGUACAGUCCUGAACCUUUAUCUAUAAACUCAGAUCACAGUCAGUCUGGCAUUGACUCCAGUUCUAAAAAUUCCAGAAGUCUUCCUGCUAAAUGUAUUUCACCUCUUCUUCCAAAAGUUUCAGCUAUAUCUCCUGUUCAGACUCUUAAAAAGACAUAUGACUUAAAAUCUAACAAAAACAAAUUAGGCAUUGGAUUGAAAAAAAUGGAUGAUGAUUCUCUUGCAAGAACUUUAAGAGACCAACUUACAAUUAAGGAAAAGGAAAAGGUUACCCAAAUUUUUGAGGACCAACAAGUACAGCCUAAUACAAAUUGUAACUUAGCAAAAAGCCAGUCAUAUGUAGAAAACAGCCAUUCUGCAAGGACAUCUCAAGUUAGCUCUUACUUGCCCUCUAGUGUGUCUGACCUUGAAUUUAGUGGUCUAGAAGAAAGCAAAGCACCUGACAAUGAACAAGAGGAUAGCUUUGGAAAGAUGAAUAAUACAAAUCAGUGUAAACAUAUCAGUGAAUUAGUAAUAAACAAGCUUCCAGGAUACACAAUGUAGCAAUCAAUAGUAAAAUCAAAGUGA